AUGGAAAGAGCACAGAAUUUCGCUGGUAGCUUCAAGACCAAGGCCCACCAAAUGAAUGGCAACAUAUUUUACGGCCCUGUUUCCUUCCCAGCAACCGACAAGAGGGAUGAAACCCACACAGCAUCCGCACAAAAUGACUCAAUGUCGGAGUCUCCUAUACAUGUUCAUGAUAAGAUCGAUGGGAUAUCUGGUUCUGGCCAGAGUGAAAUUCUAAACUGGGAGGAAUGUCUCCAAUCACUUGAAUUCGAUGAAUCAAACGACAGGGAACGAGACAUAGAAACACAGUCAGCAGGUACUUGUGAAUGGCUGAUGAAAUCACCGGAGUACUUGCGCUGGGUCGAUGAACAUGGCUUACUCCUAAUCAGAGGCAAACCUGGGUGCGGGAAAUCUACACUUCUGAAGUUUGUACUAGGCCAACAAACGGAAGCUGCUGCCCCUUUAGGCUCUAUCGUGUUAUCCUUUUUCUUCUAUACCAGCGGCACGGAACUUCAGAGGAGCAUAUUGGGCUUCUUCCGAUCUCUUCUGCUUCAAUUGCUUGACCAGGAUGAGUAUUCACGACCGAAAUUUAUGAAACUUUGCCGCAAAUAUUGCAAGCCAAGGGAAAGGUUGCAGUUAAAAUGGCAACAAGUUGAGCUUGAAACUCAUUUCCAGAAGCUUGUAGUUGACUGUUCUGCCCGGCGAAAGAUAUUGAUAUUUGUCGACGCGCUUGACGAGUGCAGCGACAAGGAUCGGGAUCGUCUUAUCAGUUUCAUUCAUGGUCUACGUGGUCAAAUUGAGUCGAGACUGAAUAGACCGGGGAUUUGCGUCACCUGCCGUCCAUAUCCGGAUGGCCAAAUCAAGGCAGACUUUCAGGUCCGACUUGAAGAGGAGAACCAGAAUGAUAUUGAAAGUUUCGUGGAACAGAAAUUACGCCUAUCCGAUGAAUCGGUGACGGAUAUAGAAGAGCUAAAGCGUACUCUACUGAGCAAAGCUGGUGGCUUAUUUCUCUGGCUUGUCUUGAUCAUUCAACAGAUACACCAUAUGAGUGGCAAGGGGCUGAGUCUGAGAAGAAUAAAAUCGGAGCUCCUCGGAUGCCCACAAGAGCUAGAUAGGCUGUACGAAGGUCUCCUAGGAGAUAUCCAAGACGACGAGUUACUGGAAGCUUGCACAUUGUUUCAAUGGGUUUGUUUUGCGAUCCGGUCACUAUCCCUUGAUGAACUCAGAAUUGCAAUGACAGUACACUUGAGUGGAUCAAAAGGGUCGUUAAGAGAGUAUGAAGACGGCGAUAAUCCUCAGUUAAUACCAAACGAAGCCAAGAUGAGGAAGCGGAUGAUUCACUUGAGCCGAGGUCUUGUCGACAUAGGAAGUACUAAGCUAGGUAAUGGCAAAGCCAUUGUUGGCUUUCACCAUGACACAAUCAGAGAAUUCAUGCUGAGGAAAGGGCUAAGCUAUCUGAACGGACGGCUGCAUAAGCCUCAAAGCCUCACGCAGAUUGCUAGUGUGCGGCUGGCAAACACAUGUCUCCAAUAUUUGUCAACAGAGGAGAUUUGUCUUGCUUGCCAAGAGAGCGAUAUUUUGUCAAGAGAAAGAUUUCAAUUUCUAGGUUAUGCAGCGACAUAUUGGGUCUCACAUGCUGUUAUAGCGGACAGAGGGGACCUAGGGGAAGAGAUUGCAUGGCCAACGGAAACCAUACUUGGUGUGUGGAUCAAUGCAUGCAAGAGUUUGGAGAAUAGCUCAAGCAAAACCGCCACCGAAGGGACGUCUUUGAUGCAUAUCGCAGCUGAGUUUGGCCUUCAAAAGUUAGCGAAAAGGAUUUUGUGCACAAAGGAGCAAAGGAUUUCAGGUAUUUCAAGCGACAGAAAGCUGAGAAUGGGCGAUACUUCCAAGUCGGCGGCAAAGGACUCGACAAUGAAGAUGGCGAGGAAAGGCGGGCAGGUAAAGGUCAACACGAUGCCAGCCAGAACUCGAAAACUGCACCCGAACACAAGGGAAGGAGCCGGAUCAUGGAGGAAGCCGGACGAAAGUUCGAAGGAGGCAAGGGAAAGGACUAUGGGCUUCGAUAAGGUAGGAGUUGGCAGAGGGGGCACGCGUGAGGUAGUUAAGAUGGGGUUGAAGACGGUGGAAGAAAAAGGAAGUGAAUUUUUAGUGAAUGCCCAAAACAAGAGAGGUGAUUCCCCACUACAUUUGGCUGCAGAACAUGGCUCCCUUGAAAUGGUGAUAUUUCUCUACCAGUGGGGAAGUAGGACGACAAAGUCCAACUGUGAUGGGUGCACACCACUUUACAGAGCAUCUCACAAUGGACAUCUUGAAGUCGUCGAGUUUUUGUACAAGCAUGGAGCGGACGUUCAUACGGCCACAGAGGAUGGCUGGACCCCAUUAUGUGCGGCUUCGGAUUCUGGCCAUCUCGAAAUUGUCAAAUUUUUGUACGAGCAUGGAGCAGAUGCCGAUAUCCAUACGGCGACAAAGAGUGGCUGGACUCCAUUAUCUGCGGCUUCGGAUUCUGGCUAUCUCGAAAUAGUCAAGUUUCUAUACGAUCAUGGAGCAGAUGCCGAUAUCCAUACGGCGACAAAGAGUGGCUGGACUCCAUUAUGUGCGGCUUCGGAUUCCGGCCAUCUCGAAAUUGUCAAGUUUCUAUACGAUCAUGGAGCUGACAUUUAUAUGCCCACGAAGGACGGCUGGACUCCAUUAUCUACAGCUUCAAAUUCCGGCCAUCUCCAAAGUGGCUGGACUCCAUUAUCUGCAGCUUCAAAUUCCGGCUAUCUCCAAGUAGUCCAGUUUCUAUACGAUCAUAGAGCAGAUGCCGAUAUCCAUAAGGCGACAAAGAGUGGCUGGACUCCAUUAUCUGCAGCUUCAAAUUCCGGCUAUCUCGAAAUAGUCCAGUUUCUAUAUGAGCAUGGAGCAGAUGCCGACAUUCAUACGGCGACAGAGAGUGGCUGGACCCCAUUAUCUGCGGCUUCAAAUUCCGGCCAUCUCCAAGUAGUCAAGUUUCUAUACGAUCAUGGAGCAGAUGCUGAUAUCCAUACGGCGACAGAGAGUGGCUGGACUCCAUUAUCUGCAGCUUCAAAUUCCGGCCAUCUCGAAAUAGUCCAGUUUCUAUAUGAGCAUGGAGCAGAUGCCGACAUUCAUACGGCGACAGAGAGUGGCUGGACUCCAUUAUCUGCAGCUUCAAAUUCCGGCUAUCUCGAAAUAGUCCAGUUUCUAUAUGAGCAUGGAGCAGAUGCCGACAUUCAUACGGCGACAGAGAGUGGCUGGACUCCAUUAUCUGCAGCUUCAAAUUCCGGCUAUCUCCAAGUAGUCCAGUUUCUAUACGAUCAUAGAGCAGAUGCCGAUAUCCAUAAGGCGACAAAGAGUGGCUGGACCCCAUUAUGUGCGACUUCGGAUUCUGGCUAUCUCGAAAUUGUCAAAUUUUUGUACGAGCAUGGAGCAGACGUUCAUACGGCCACAGAGGAUGGCUGGACUCCAUUAUGUGCGGCUUCGGAUUCCGGCCAUCUCGAAAUUGUCAAGUUUCUAUACGAUCAUGGAGCAGAUGCCGAUAUCCAUACAGCGACAGAGAGUGGCUGGACCCCAUUAUCUGCCGCUUCAAAGUCCGGUCAUCUCCAAGUAGUCCAGUUUCUAUAUGAGCAUGGAGCAAAUGCCGACAUUCAUACGGCGACAGAGAGUGGCCGGACUCCAUUAUCUGCAGCUUCAAAUUCCGGCUAUCUCCAAGUAGUCCAGUUUCUAUACGAUCAUGGAGCAGAUGCCGAUAUCCAUACGGCGACAAAGAGUGGCUGGACCCCAUUAUGUGCGGCUUCGGAUUCUGGCCAUCUCGAAAUUGUCAAAUUUUUGUACAAGCAUGGAGCAGACGUUCAUACGGCCACAGAGGAUGGCUGGACUCCAUUAUGUGCGGCUUCGGAUUCCGGCCAUCUCGAAAUUGUCAAGUUUCUAUACGAUCAUGGAGCAGAUGCCGAUAUCCAUACGGCGACAAAGAGUGGCUGGACUCCAUUAUCUGCGGCUUCGGAUUCCGGCCAUCUCGAAAUUGUCAAGUUUCUGUGCGAGCAUGGAGCUCGUGUUGAAGCUUCAGAUACAUGUGGACGGACGUCGCUUUUCUUUGCCUCUGCCAGAAGUCAUAUGGAAGUUGUGCAACAACUUCUAUCCUGCGGGGCUGUGGUCAAUGUAAAGGACCAGUAUGGUUCUACUCCGCUUUUCGCGGCUGUAAGAAACGGGCAUGAGACGGCUGUUAUGUGUUUGCUCGCCCUUCAGGGCGCCUGCGUGCAGUUUGAAGACGGCUUUGGUCACACUUUGCUCUGGUGGGCCAGAAAAAGCGGGAAUACUAAAGUCACUGAGGCCAUCAUUCAAUUUACUGAAAUAAGAGGCAUCAAAGUCUGCGAGAGUGACUUGGCUGUGGAGGCCAGCUCGAUGGUGACAGGUGGUUCUACCACGUGGUGCGAUAUAUGCACUCGAUUUCUUUCUAUUGGGAGCGCCUACCACGAAUGUUCCAUCUGUCUGGCUAACGACUUCGUUGUCUGUCUGGAGUGUUUUGAGAUGGGCGCGCGGUGUCUGGAUGGUUCCCACGAGUUGGUUUGGAAAGGACCUGUUGAAUGA